GCACGGUGUGGAUCGUGGCCGCAUUCGCCGAGGUGCUUCUGCACCGUAGCAGCACCCGUAUCCGACCGGCGGUCUCGCGGCUGAUAACCGAUUCCCUGGAUUGGUCAUCUGGGUCCAGCGUCGUUGUGGAUUGUUGAGCAGGUGAGACGGCAGGUGGCAGCGAUCAGCAGAUAAGGGGCCCUGGAAACCCCGGGGCGUGAGAAAGGCGAACGCUCGCGGCUCAGUCUUAUCUGCGUAUCGGCUGGCCGAAUGGGGCUUCGUGCGCCUCCUAAAGUGCUCGCUGCGGGUCACCGCCGAAGGUGUUGAAGGGGCGCUUGGGGCAAUCGAGGCCUGGUUAUAAGGGCGCGCGCGUUCAAUCCGCGGUCAGCGUCCGCGACCGAUAACGCGAGUUGGGGGGCAAGAUGAUGGUUGGGAGCUGGGGGCGAUUGGGCGAACGAACUUUAUAAAGCCUCGAGUUGCACCCUCGAGGUGCCACAGGCACACAGCCGUCACCGUGUCACCGUUCACCAUCAACGCGCGUCUGCAAUCAAUCCACUGUGUCUUUUCGGCUCGCUCGGUCUCGCACAAGUUCCCGCCGGGACGCCGAGCGCACCAUGGACCACAACCAUGGCGGACCUGACGAUAUGGAGAUGGCGUGCCCGAUGCAGAUGUCGUUUCACGGCGGCAGUUGCGAAGUGAUCCUGUUCCCCAGCUGGGCGACCACCGAGGUGGGCUCCUUCGUUGGCGCCACCAUCGGCUUCUUCCUGUUGGCGUUCCUGUACGAGGGUCUCAAGUUUGCGCGCGAACUGCUGCACGCCUCCGAAGCCGGCAAGCCCUGCUCCGUUGUGCCAGCUCCGCUAACCAAGCGCACCUUCAGGGAGGCCCUGCUCAGCCGGGUACACAUCGUGCAGAGUCUGCUCCACCUGGUGCAGGUGAUCGUCUCCUACCUGCUGAUGCUGAUCGUGAUGACAUACAACUACUGGCUGUGUUUGGCCGUCGUGCUGGGCGCCGCCUGCGGGUACUACAUGUUCGGCUGGGUGCGCAACAGCUCCGUCGACCCGACCGAGCACUGCAACUGAGAGCCGACCAGCCGAUGAGACUACGACCAACGACUACCUUCACUUCCUUCACUACUAGUACAAUAAAAUCCGGCCACUAAACAC